CACACAUGCACACACCUGUUUUUAAACGGUCGCAGGGAGUGUCUUGUUUCCAAUCCAUUCUUUUUUUUUCUUUUUUUUUUUACUGGUGUCUUGCUGCUCAUGUAGGCUUGCUUUACUCAUUGAAUGCGUUCAUCAUCCAGUGCCGCCUCUUCUUGUUCGAUAACGCCAUGGCGUGUACCCAAUGGACAAUUCCAAAUUACGCGCUCUACGCCAACGGUUACCUUAAUACUUCCAGGUUUCACAUCUCUCUUCAAUACAUUAACGACAGGACGGUGCACAUGUUACGGUCCUAAGAUGGCUCCUUUGUUUUUCGCAACAAGGUUCAAAAAGAGCUCUGCCUAGUAAUGUAUGGAGUAUUUCAAGACGUCGAGAUUAGGCACCAGGAGUACAUAUCACUUUGACAGAGGUUGAGGAUGGUGGACCCAGCCGACACCAGGGCGGCUGAAUUAAAUGCAGGAACGAACUAAUCUCAAAGAGAGGGCAGACAAAUAUUGAUGUGGAUCUCCUUUUAUUAGCUUAGCUCUCGCUUUCGCUUCAUUAUUUUUCAGCGUCUUCUGUGAGUUCCAACUGGGCCUUCGUGGUAUGCGGGUUAUCAACAGCACUUCGAGCGAAUAAUUUUUUUUUUUCAUUUAAUUCGUUCCUUCGAGAGAGUUGAGUAUUACUCCACAUGGGAG